CUCUGGUCCGAGGGGUCCCAGAGGUUUUUUCUGCCACUGCCACUAUCAUCAUCAUCAUCUCUCUCCCUGCUGGACUCAGGGCUCCCACGCCUCACCUGACCUCCCGUACAGUCACACUGCUCUGAAAACCGGCACCUUUUUUUUGACUCCUUGACGCUUUUCUUGGGACGCGGCGCAAGAUGCCAGAGCCCACAAAGAAAGAUGAGACGCCAAAUGGCCAGCCAGAAGAAAGUGUUGCCCCAGACAGUAACGGUGCCCCGCCCCUACCUGAGAUUUCCCUGGAGGUCUCUCCACCCCCAGAGGCGGUAGCUGAGGGGAAAGAGCCAGUAGAGACUGAUGGGAAGAAACCAGAGCCCCCAGAGCCUGAGCCAUUACAGGCUGUGGUGGCCAAGGAGCCGCCAAGCCCCACUGAGAACGGCUCAAACCAGCCACAGCCUGGUGGGGUUGGGGUGAAAGAGCAAGCAGAGUCCGCUAACUCUACUGUAAAGGAAGAGGGACCUUGCUCUCCCCCACCACCUGAUGAUGAUGCUGCUGCCACCACAUGCCCAUCGCCAACACCCCCAACAGAAGAUGCCAAUUCACUCAAGAAACUCUCAAUUGAGCUGCCUAAUGAUAGCGUGCCAGCCAUGGGGAGAAAAGACUCAGUGUGGUCUCUGGGAGAGGGCCAGGCCCCAGAGGAACUGGAAAAGCCUGUUGACAACCCACCACUGUCCAUCCUGCUGAUAGAGAAACCCCAAAGUGGCACUGUUCAACUGGGUGGAGACAUCACCUUUGUUGCCAAAGUGGAGGCCAAAGAUCUUCUCCGCAAACCCACUGUCAAGUGGUUUAAAGGAAAAUGGAUGGAUCUGGCCAGCAAGACAGGGAAGCACUUACAGCUGAAAGAGACCUUUGACCGUGUAACCAAGAUCCACACAUUUGAGAUGCACAUCAUUAAGGCCAAAGAGAAUUAUGCUGGAAAUUACAGGUGCGAGGUCAACUACAAGGACAAGUUUGACAGCUGCUCCUUUGACUUGGAAGUUAAAGCUGAACAGAGCUCACAGACUCUUGAUAUUCGAUCAGCUUUCAAAAGAAGCAGUGAAGGACAAGAAGAUGCAGGGGAGCUUGACUUUAGUGGUCUCCUUAAACGUAGGGAGCCUAAACAGCAGGAAGAGACCCCAGAGGUGGAUGUGUGGGAGAUCCUGAAGAAUGCCCGACCUGACGAAUACGAGACGAUUGCCUUUAAAUAUGGCAUCACAGAUCUGAGGGGCCUGCUGAGGAGGAUGAAGAAGAUUCCUAAGGAGAUAAAGAAGAGCGAAGCUUUUGCAAAGAAGCUGGAACCUGCAUAUCAGGUUGAUAAGGGUGGAAAGAUCCGCUUGGUGGUGGAUCUGGCCGACCCCACAGUUGAACUGAAGUGGUACAAGAACGGACAGGAAAUCAGGCCCAGUCCCAAUCAAAGGAAGUAUAUUUUUGAGCAUAAGGGCACACAAAGGAUUAUGGUCAUCAACAACUGUUCCAUGAAUGAUGAUGCAGCCUACUCUGUAGCUGCAGGAGACGAGAAGUGCAGCACGGAGUUGUUUGUCAAAGAGUUGCCAGUUAAGAUAGUUAAAGGUAUUGAGCCUGUGAAGACCACAGUGAAUGAGAGGAUUGAGCUGGAGUGCGAGGUGUCAGAGGAGGGUGCUCAAGUCAAAUGGAUGAAGAACGGUGUUGAGGUUCCAACAGGAGUGCGUUCCCGAUACCGAGUGAAGUGUGAGGGAACCAAACACUUCUUGGUGAUUGAUGACGCCUCACGGGAGGACACUGGGACAUACUCCAUCAUGGCUACUGGUGGAACAUCUGAGGCUCACGUACAGGUUGACUUGAAACCACUGAAGAUCUACCAGGACCUUCAGGAUAUGACGGUAUUGCUGGGUCAACCCCUCAAGCUGCACUGUGAGAUCUACCCAGGCAAUGUCCCAGGUCGUUGGUACAGGAAUGGACAGCUGAUCCAGCCCAAUGACCGCAUCAAUAUCAUACACAGAAAUAAGGUUCACCGACUUGAAAUUGAGGCCUGCUCCCUUCAUGAUUCAGGAGAUUACACUUUUGUACCAGAGGGAUAUUCACAGACCCUGUGUGCCAAAGUUCAUGUCAUUGAUCCUCCAAGGCUGCACUUGGACAGCUUGAACUUCCCAGACAACACCGUGACAAUUGUAGCAGGAAAUAAACUUCGCUUGGAAAUCCCCAUCACUGGAGAACCAACACCCAGGGUGGUGUGGAUGAAGGGGGAAAGGGUCAUUCUUGACUCGGGUAAUCGUGUCCGAGCUGAAACGUAUGGUGACCAGACCAGUCUGACGAUUGACGUAACAGAGCGGGAGGACACAGGGAACUAUAAGAUUGUCCUGCAAAAUGAGGCUGGUGAGGCCACAGCCAGCGUCAAAAUAAAGGUUGUAGACAUCCCUGAUCCUCCAGAAGCUCCCUUGGUCCCAUCAGUGGGUGGUGAUUGGUGCACUAUGACAUGGGAUCCCCCAAAAUAUGAUGGAGGUUCAGCAAUAUUAGGCUACUUUGUCGAGAGAAAAAAGAAACAGAGCUCUAGAUGGAUGAGACUCAACUUUGACCUGAUAAAAGAAACAUCAUUCGAACCCAAGAAGAUGAUUGAAGGUGUGCCUUAUGAAGUGCGGAUCUUUGCAGUCAAUGCCAUUGGUGUAUCCAAGCCCAGUGAACCAUCCAAAGCUUUUACUCCCCUCGCUGUGACCAGUGAGCCCACCAUGCUGGUUGUGGAUGAUGUGACCGACACCACGGUGACCGUGAAGUGGCGUCCUCCUGAAACCAUCGGAGCUGCUGGUCUGGACGGAUAUUUAGUGGAGUACUGCAUCGAAGGAAGUGAUGAUUGGGUAGUAUCUAACAAGGAGCUGACAGAGAAGACCAGGUACACAAUCACGGGGCUGCCUCCAGGGGCUAAAAUCUUAGUUCGUGUGAAGGCCAUCAAUGCUGCUGGAGCCAGCGCUCCAAGGACUCUUCAGCACUCCGUCCUUGUCAAAGAGGUUAUUGAACCACCCAAGAUCCGCGUACCCCGACACUUGAAGCAGACAUAUACUCGCAGAGUCGGAGAAGCAGUCAACCUUGUUGUGCCGUUUAUGGGCAAACCCAGGCCGAAGGUCAACUGGCUGAAGGAGGGUAAGCCUAUAGACCCUGCCCACGUCAGCAUCCGCAACACAGACUGCGACAGCAUCAUCUUCAUCCGUAAAGCAGAACGCAGCCACUCUGGGAAUUACGUAAUGUCAGUACAGGUUGAAAACCAUGACGACACAGCCGUAAUUGACAUACAAAUUGUAGACCUACCUGGGCCUCCCCAGUGUGUGACAAUUGAAGAUGUAUGGGGAGGAAAUGUGGCUCUGGCCUGGACCCCCCCAAAAGACAACGGCAAUGCCCCAAUAACAGGCUACACCAUUCAAAAGGCAGACAAGAAGACAAUGGAAUGGUACACAUGCAUUGAGCACUACCAUCGCAACUGCAUCGCCAUCACAGAGCUGGUGGUUGGGAACGAGUACUUCUUCAGGGUCUUCUCGGAGAACAUGUGUGGUCUGAGCGAAGCCGCCACCCAAACCAAAAAGAGUGCCCUCAUCGUCAAAGAAGGCAUGCAAGUGAAACAGCCCGAGUACAACGAUCACGACUUCAAAGAGGCGCCGAAGUUCACGCAGCCAUUGAUCAACACUUUUGCCAUUGCCGGCUACAAUGCUACUCUCAACUGUAGUGUCCGUGCCAACCCAAGGCCCAAAGUGAUCUGGAUGAAGAAUAAGAUAGCCAUCAUCGAUGACCCACGCUACCGCAUGUUUAGCAGCCAAGGGGUCUGUACUCUUGAGAUCAGGAAGCCCAGUCCUUAUGAUGGCGGCUUAUACAGCUGCAAGGCCAUCAACGACUUGGGAGAGGCCCAAGUGGAAUGCAAGCUGGAGGUCAAAGGAGGGUUCACCUUCUACGAACUCCUGCAACGCGGAGUGCCCCUACACCUGAUUGACAAGUACAUGAACGAGACGAAGAUUGUCGAGCAAGAGAAGUAAAAUCGGACAGAGUGCAAAGAGGCACUUUAGCUUUGCAGACAUCUGCUGCCACUAGUGAUCCUCUUCUCUCACCUACUGAGGUCAGCAGCCUGAAGGCGGAUGGAGGGAUGAUGGAGGGAUGGAGGGCGAGACGGAUGGAAGGGUGUGGGGGAAGGUCUACUGGUCUGUGGUGUGGCAUGCUGUGUGCAAGUUUGGAGCUAGUUGCCAUAGAGAAAAAAAAAAAGCCAGUUCAUCUUCUUUGUCACCCUCUUGUGUUUGAAAGACUGUGUCAGCUCAGAUGCAUGUCGGCAGUGUUUUGGUUCUAGCUUUGAUAAGUAGUGUGUAAAAAAAAAACGAACAAAAAAAAAAGCAAAGUACACGUAGCACAAGCAGUGACACACACCUACAGUUUUAACAUGUUGAUUUUUGUUGGGAGUGCUUGUUGAAGGAGAUAAUUUAUCACAGGGGUCUGACAGAGGGGAAAAGGGAAUGUAUAAAUAGUUUGGUGUUUGUAUGGAGUCAUAAGGCAAGAAAAAUGAAAAAUACACCGGAGUAAUGUUGGAUAAAUGAAUGUGUUGACCCUUCUAUGAUAAUUCACAUUAAUAUUUGUUCAUUUCAUGUUUUCCCUCUGGAUAAGUGAGAAAAUGUAGAGGUUUGUUUACACAUUGCAUGACACAUUAUGCUUUUUUGGAUUCAAAUCCGACUUGAGGCUUGAUUGAGGCUCAGUCAUGUGCGCAUGCCUUUACCUUUGUAAUUAUGACCCAUGGAUUACAAUAAAAAAUAAAUAAAA